AUGAAAAUGUUAAUCUAUAUAUUCGGUAGCAGUAGUUGCUCUAAAUACCUCGUAAUAAGUUCAAUCAAUAACAUCAAGCGUCACUGUCGUACUACUGGUCACCAAAAAGCACUGUUAGCAAACGUCACUCCUAUGACUCCCAGUAACAUUUUCAUUUCUGAAGAUAAGGACCCCGAAUCAAUUGUUGAUUUAUCAGAUGAAAACAUUCAAGUAUCCGAAGAUCUGUUAUUGAACAGUAUUGAGGAUCAGUAUAACGAGGAAGAUAUUGAAAUUUCUAGUGAAAACGAUGAUAAUAAUUCUGAUGAUGAAUCAGAAUUUAGUGCAGUUCAAAACGAAGCUAAUACUGAAGAUGCAACCAAUGAUAUUAAUACAUUUAAUGGUAUGGUACCCAUUUGGGAGGCCUCCUCUGGUGUUGAAUGGAACAACUUCGUUGAAUCAAACUAUCCUUUCAACACUACCCAAAAUUUUGUUUUGCAAGCUCUUGUAAAUGGAGACGACGACCAGUUAUCCAGAAGACAAUUAAAGAAAAUGCUUUACACCAAGAACUUGUUGCUCAAAUUGAAAGAUAAUGCUGUAGAAGAGAACAGAAGUUUCGAACUUCCGGCUCUGGACAAUCUUUGGAAUUAUCAAUCUCGCAAAGGCAAUAAUAUCCAUGUUUUUAAAACGGAUACAAAAACUACCACUGUCAAAGCCUUUAAUAAGCACCAAAAUAAAGAUGAAAUGGUCGAAAAAAAAGUCUUCUUGAAUCUGCCUUCUGAGCAUAUCAGACUAGCAACGUCGAAGCCAACGAAGGCCAGUAAAAUUACCAAGCUUCCCGAUCAUACACCUGAUCAAUCGCUUAAUCUUCAUCAAGAUAAAAAGUGGAAAGAAAACCCUUCAUUCCAACACCCUAUGGUAACUGAAAUGGGAAAAGAUUACUGGGUUGGAGACUUUGCCUACUUGAGAAGAGGACAUUACGAAUCCAAUGUAUGCGGUAGCAAAUGCUUUUCUUUGGAUGGUGAUGGUCAAGGACUGGAUUAUUUGCAUGAAUCUUUAGUUCUUAGCAAAUCUCCUUUGAAACGUAACAAGUGUGACAGCAAUGGAAACGUUGUUCAGAAUCAGUAUUAUAAAGUCAAGGUAACGCCAAUUACUUUAUUUUCUGAUGACUAUUCAGGAAAUAUGUCAAAGCAGCACAAUCCGUACGAAAGUUGGUCUAUGAGCUUUGCUGGAUUGCCUUUUGAAGACAGAUGGAAAUGGGAAAACACCUGCUUCAUUUGGACGGUGCCCAAGACAGAUGGAAUUAAUGCCUUAAGUAUUAUUCCUUUCAUUGUUGAUGACUUAAAGAUACUUGAGAAGGGUGUACUAAUGUAUUCAGCAGAAGAAAAUGAAAUGGUUCUAGUAACUGCGCCAUUAAUGUUCAUUAUGGCCAAUAACCCAGCACAUUCAGACAUCUGUGGCAUACUUGGGAUGACAAAAGUUUUUCCGUGUAGAAAAUGUUACUUCCGUAACAUUAAAAAGCGCAAAAACGAGAUUUACGCAGUCACUCCUGAACAGUUACUCGCCAAAUAUAAUGUUAGAACCAAAGGCGACUAUGUUCUCGCUUUGGAUCCCAAUGCAGUUAUCACCAAUGCUGUAGAAUUCCUUUUUGCAGCAAAGCUUGUGAGCUAUCGAAAUCUUGGUGGGAGUGACAGAUUACUACAAUUGGCCAGUUAUUAUCCUGCAGAAGAUACACCAAGUAGAAAUUCUUCGCACAACUUUGCUUGGUGUUCCCGUAAUUUCUCAAGACAGCUCAAACAUUGUGGAUCGUUUCUUGGCCUAGAUUAUAAACAAUUGCUCCUAAUUCUGCCAUUGAUCAUUUCUCAAUUAUUUGCCGAUCCAGUUCGUGAUGCUGAAAUCGUGGAAUUUAACAAGCCGUUGAGCAAGUUGGGUGAGCUGUGCUCAUUAGUUUUUGUCCGUCGUGUGCACAUGGGGUUUAAUAAGUAUGUGAAUGAUGUGCAUGAAGUCAUACAGGAUUUAAAGAAGAGAAUCCAUGCUUUUAAUCUUGCAAUCUCAAACCCCACGCCAUAUCCAUGUAAACCUACGAUGCACUUCUUGCAUCAUCUUCGUGAUGAUCUGAUCAAUUUUGGGUGCGCUUUACAUUAUGAAACAGAAAAAGGUGAGCAAUUCAACACGUUUUUACGUGAACAUCUAUCCCACACCAACAGAAAAGAUACGUCCAAAAGCCUUGCGCUAAAAUUUGGUAAGCAAGAGUUACUUAGACAUAUUGUCGAUGGAGGGUCUUGGGUGAGCAAAGAUAUAAAGAGGGUCCGGUACGGCUCGAAGCUCAAAAAAUAUAUUGAUAUGGCAGGUGAUGACUUUUUGUUGGAAAUGUUUGGUAGCUCCCGUGAGGUUGCCGAUAACAACUACUCGGGGGUAAAGACCUUUUCAAUGGGUGUUUGUGAUUUGUUUUCUGUCUGCAUAGAUAACAACACAUCAGUAUUUGUAGAUAAACUUAUUCCAAAGGGUGCUCUUGAUAUGUUCAACAAAGAUGUCAAUGGAAACAAGAUUAUGAACCCAUAUAAAUUUAACACAACUAUGCUCCUGACACAGCCUAAAGUCAAGGCGCAAAAAAUCUAUAUAAAAGCAUCAGUAUCUAAAUCAUUGCUAUAUAGUUCCCAGCUCUACCACUACUAUCGAUAUCAUUUGAAACUAAAGGUAAGUCCCUCCAUCGUAACUUUCUCUGGUAUCCGAAGUACUAUGCUUCAACGCGUAAAUAAAAACGUAUCAAGCAUGUGCAAAAUUGCGCAGCGUUAA